UCAGGUGUGUCGUAGUAAUUCAACAAAAUUUUAAAAUAGGUGUUUUAAAUUGUAUAUUGCAAAAGAAUUAAUCGACAAAUAAACUGCCUUCCGAACGGAGACGCGUACAAAAUAUAGUUUAGAUAAUGCGAUGGAUAAUAUAAGUAGGACCAUUUAACAAACAGAUCUCUGUUCGACGCGCAUAAACCGCGCUACUAUGUCGGGCACAAGAUUCGGUAUACUAUUAACUUUCUGCUUCGGGAUGAUAUAUUGUUAUUUUGAAGUAGUACCAGAAAGGAUAGAGUUAGCCUUUACUCAUCCUGAUCACAUCGUGAAUGCCUCGGCAAUGGUGAAGCGCUACGGACGACGAAGUCCUUACUACAUAACCGGGAAGGGAAUAUUGAAGCAAACAUGGAACAACAACGUCACGGUGCAUGUGGACACGCACGAACACCUUCACAACGAGUACCGGCUCUCUUUUAUGACGAUACACGAAAAGCUUUGUGACCUCAUGAAUAAAGACAUUUUGAUGGGAAACAUACUUCGUAGGUUAGGCUUCGUCUGUCCUGUACAACCGGGUGUGGUCGAGCUUAAGAACUCUACAUUUAAGUGGGAUAAUUUCCCGUACAAACUGCCUUUUUCUAAAGCCAUGGCCAACAUGACGGCGCGCAAGACUGCCUCCAAUGAACUACUGAUGUGGGUAAAGCUGUAUUUCACCAUCAAGCAACACAGAAACGCGAAACCCUGAUUGCAUCAACACCGCCUGCCUCCAAGCAAUGUUCAAACUGGAUAACAAAAUGAUGAAAGUGAUAUAUCAGUGAAAGUUGCGUUAUUAUUAAAUUUUUAUGACG